AUGCUGCACUCUUCUUCGAAACGCUCCGCACGCCCCCCCAGCCCUUCUAAAUACCCCUCGGAGCCCCCACCUCCCCUCCGGCCCCCUCCUCCUCUUGCGGUCGGGGUCGAUGCUGCUCUACCCCCGCUGCUACCCCCGCGACAGGGAACAGGAACGGAAAAGCUCAAUCCUCACGAGCGGAUCGAGAGAGAGAGAGAGAGAGGAGGGGAGAACGGAGGGGAGCGGAUGCUUUGCCAAGAGUUUGGGGAUGAGGUCCCAAGCACACAGACCCGGCGAUCGGACGACGACGGCCAGCACCGCGCAGCUGCUCUGGAUUUUUGCCGAUCGUGGCAAAAGCCUCCCCCUCCCCUCGCAUCGCCCUCCCCCGCCCCCGCCCCCCCUCGCCAUGCACCAGCACCUCCUCCUUCGCAGAUCUCAUGGACCGGCAGCCGUUUUUCGGAUAGUCAACACCGUCCGUGA